UUAUUGGGGUCCCUUAAUUUAUUAUACCAGUACACCUUUGCAGUUAAAAGAAAAUAACAUUAUUUUUACACACCUCGCUCAGGUGGAUCAGAAUCGACAUGAUAUGAUAUGAUGAAGAGUUUUCUUGUUUGGAGUCUUGGUUUAGUAUAUUUGGGGUUAUGUUUAAUAACAAAUGGUUUGACCACACAUAAUGCUUCUGCAAGACCUGCUGUUGUGAAUGUUGGAGCCAUUUUCACUUUUGACUCGACCAUUGGGAAAGUGGCCAAACUUGCAAUCCAAGAGGCUGUCAAAGAUAUUAAUCAAAAUUCAACCAUUCUUCCCGGGACAGAGCUUAGAGUGGAAAUGAAAAGUUCCAACUGCAGUGGCUUUCUUGGCAUGGUUGGAGCAUUACAGUUUAUGGAGAGCGACACGGUUGCUAUUAUAGGUCCGCAGUCUUCAGUCGUAGCCCACAUAAUAUCUCAUGUAGCAAACGAACUUCAAAUCCCACUCUUAUCCUUUGCUGCUACUGACCCCACGCUAUCAAACCUCCAAUUUCCUUAUUUCAUGAGAACAACGCAGAGUGAUUUGCACCAAAUGACAGCAGUGUCUGAAAUUGUAGACUAUUAUAGCUGGAGGGAAGUUAUUGUAAUUUUCAUAGACGAUGAUUAUGGUAGAAAUGGAGUGUUAGCAUUAGAUGAUGCAUUAGCUGCAAGACGUUGUAGAAUUUCGUAUAAAAUUGGGAUCCCACCUGGAUCAGAAUUCGGGCGGAGUGAAAUAAUGGAUAUUUUGGUAAAAAUUGCAUUAAUGGAAGCUCGAGUUAUUGUUCUUCAUGUAUAUCCGGAUAUGGGGUUCUUGGUCUUCUCAGUUGCUCGUUAUCUUGGAAUGAUGGAAGAUGGGUAUGUUUGGAUUGCUACCGAUUGGCUUUCGUCUGCUUUAGAUACAAAUUUCCCAUCGUCUGAUAAAAUGGAGAAUAUGCAAGGGGUUCUUGCUUUACGCCAGCACACACCUGAAUCUCCAAAAAAGAAAAUGUUCACAUCAAAGUGGAGUAAAUUAACUGGUGGUUCAUUUGGGCUAAAUUCUUAUGGGUUGUAUGCUUAUGAUAGCGUUUGGAUUAUAGCUCAUGCUCUUGAAGCUUUUUUCAAUCAAGGUGGGGUUAUUUCAUUUUCAAAUGAUUCAAGGUUGACCGCGGCUGGUCUUGCGGAUCUUCAUCUUGAUGCAAUGAGUAUUUUUAAUGAAGGAAAACUUUUGUUGGACAAUCUAUGGAGGACUGAUUUUGUGGGUUUGACCGGGCAUAUGAAGUUUGAUUCAGAGAGAAAUCUUGUUAAUCCGGCGUAUGACAUAAUUAACAUAAUCGGAACAGGAAUCCGAACAGUUGGCUACUGGUCAAACGGGUCAGGAUUGUCAACAUUGACUCCUGAGAAUCUUGUAGUUACUCGAUCACGGCCAAAUCAAGAACUUCAUAGUGUGAUUUGGCCUGGGGAAAUAGUGACAAAGCCACGGGGGUGGGUUUUCCCGAAUAACGGAAAGUUGUUGAAGAUUGCAGUCCCGAUCAGAGUUAGUUAUAAGGAAUUUGUUUCGCAACUGCCGGGAACUAAUAUGUCGAAAGGUUUUUGUAUCGAUGUGUUCGUUGCUGCUGUUAAUUUGCUACCAUAUGCUGUACCAUAUCAAUUUGUCCCUUAUGGAAAUGGUAAAGAGAACCCCAGCUAUACUGAUCUUGUAAGACUAAUUGCAGCAGGGGUCUAUGAUGGUGCCGUUGGGGACAUUGCUAUAGUCACAAACCGAACAAGAAUUGUAGAUUUCACACAGCCAUAUGCUGCAUCCGGGCUCGUUGUAGUGGCCCCAUUUAAGAAAAUGAAUACUGGUGCUUGGGCGUUCUUACGACCAUUUUCUCCGACAUUAUGGGCUGUAACGGCUGCUUUCUUUCUUGUUGUUGGCGUCGUGGUGUGGAUUCUGGAGCACCGUAUAAACGAUGAGUUCAGAGGAACUCCUAAAACACAGAUCAUUACGAUACUAUGGUUUAGCCUUUCUACUCUCUUUUUUGCACAUAGAGAGAACACUGCGAGUACUCUGGGACGUGCAGUGUUACUGAUAUGGCUUUUUGUAGUCCUAAUAGUCAACUCGAGUUACACUGCAAGUUUGACUUCAAUUCUCACGGUCCAACAGCUAUCUUCUCCAAUCAAAGGGAUAGAUACUUUAAAAAAGUCCAAUGAUCGUAUUGGAUUCCAAGUGGGAUCAUUUGCAGAACGAUAUCUAGUUGAUGAAAUUGGAAUUCCUGAAUCCAGACUUGUUCGUCUUGGAACACCAGAAGCUUAUGCAGAUGCACUCCGAAAAGGUUCGAAAAAUGGUGGUGUUGCUGCCAUUGUUGAUGAACGCCCGUACAUUGAGCUUUUCUUGUCCAAUCAGUGCAAAUUCCGGGUGGUUGGGCGUGAGUUUACCAAGAGCGGAUGGGGAUUUGCAUUCCCACGUGACUCUCCAUUGGCGGUUGACUUGUCAACUGCAAUUCUCUCAUUAUCAGAGAAUGGGGACUUGCAGCGAAUCCAUGACAAAUGGCUUAUAAGAAGCGGUUGCAGCACUGAUAACGCAGAGCUUGAAUCAGACCGCUUGCACCUCAAAAGCUUUUGGGGGCUCUUCCUUAUUUGCGGUAUCGCUUGUUUCAUUGCCAUUUUCAUAUACUUUUGUCAAGUAUUUAGGCGGUUUCGUAAAGUUGCUCGAGCCAUACCAGAAUCAGAUGGGUCGCGCUCGAGGCGUCUUCAAACGCUCAUAUCAGUAAUUGAUCAGAAGAAAGAUCCUCGAGAUAGAGAUAAGAAACGGCAAAAAGUUGAGAGGUCGAUAUCGGAUGAGAGUAAAGACUGUGAGAUCGGACACGAGUCGGAACAAAGAUAGUCUGAUCCGCAUAGUUGUGAGGCGGUAACAGGAAAUAUAUAAGAUUUACGAGCAUUAUUUAAAAUUGUAACUAAGUGUUAUAUAUAAUUGAUUCAAAUUUUAACACACUAAUGAGCAUGAGCUGUACAUAUUUUUAAA